UAGGAUAAGAUUUCGGGAUCUAUCAUAUAACUCUACCUAUACAGUACGCCUAAAAACUCUAUCGCCUACGAAGCAGGAACUCGCUCCUAGAAUUCAAGUGGCGGUUGAAUUUAGAUGAAUCAGAGUGUGUGAGGCGUUAAACAAGAAAGCCAGGGAGUAAAAGUCCAACUUAAAACUCAAGUUUAAAUAUGGCGAAACAACAAUACACAAGCAAAUGCCUCCUUUUUUAUCUAAUCCCUAUAUCACACGAGUUAGAUUUAUCCCGACAAGCCGAAGAACACAGCGUAGAAUCGCAACGCUGAGACGAGCAACUAGUUACUACAUAUUCCACACAUCAUCUUCAAGAAGACAUGCGCUUCACCACGAUCGUGCGCGCGGUUAUCGCCGUGUCGCUGACCCUCGCUGCUGGUACGGGAGUCCUGGCCGCCCCUGUUUCAUCCGCUUCGGCUCCGUCCUCUGCAGCGGUCGAAAAUACAGAAGGCGACGGGUACGCGUUCGCAUUAUCGAUUAACGACGCCGCAAACGAAGGGAAUGUGACCGUCGACGGGGGACUUCCCGGUCUGCCGUGGCUGUCGCAUAUUAGGUGUAUACCAAACUUCUACCGCGGAAAGAAGGUGUCGCCGGUCGAGCGCGAGAGGCUGCUAGGUUGCUACAAGAAAUUCCAAGAGAAAGGGGAAUGGAUUAGCAAGAUGACCAAAUGCCCGGAUACGAGGAGGUACUUCCAGUCCUGGGGGCACCACUGGGAUAGCCCGCCGGAUUGUUACAACGCCUGUAAAUCGUGCUUCGAGAACUCCGUCUUCGACCAGGCGGCCAACUUUCGCUGCUUCAAAUAUGAGGGGAUUACGGCUAGGUGCCACGUCACGUACGAAUGAUCGGGUGGGCUAUCUUCCUAAACUCUUUUCUGGUUCUUUGGAUUGAAAUAGGGCUUCGAGAUAGUAUGGAUAUGGAUGGCAUUGGCGCGCUUAUUUUGGGGGUUUUUUGCCAUGCUUGUACAAUUUCCGGGUAUGUACCACUUGGCGGGAGGUUAUAUGGGGGGAAAGCACGUACAAUGAGUGCUUAGAUUGUCUAAACAGCACCAUCGUAACAGAAUAUUAUGGAACUAUCCCUCUAUUUAUCGAUAAUGUGCCCAUUAAGUAACUCAGCGCCAUCUUCCGAUAGUAGGU